AUGGCCACCGAAUACGAUGAACAAGCCAUGCUUACCCAGUCGCAUUUCUACUCGCCUGCACAUCUCGCGCAACGCAACAUUCGACCAGGCCACUUGAUCCUGAUUAGACGUGUCAGCUCCUUCCAGCAGUCAUCAACUCUCCUUCUGGCUGUGGAGGUCGAUAGUCACAGUCUCGAUCCUCUACAUGGCAUAUCAGUGGCAAUAGUGCCGACCUCAGAACUUCCCGAGCACCUCAUUAUUCAUCUUCUGCAGAUCCAAGAUGCGGACGAUGUUCUCAAGUCCCACCAUGUUCGCCGAGCGUUGGUAUCCAUGGCCCAGCGAAAUGGACCCAUUGCGCCACUCGCGGAACAUGUCAACCCCAAUGAUCGUGUCUUCGUCCGGCCGACUGGCGGCGCCGUACGAAAGUACCUUCUGAAUGACCAGUGUCCGAACCGAAUAUGCCAGAAUGGAGUAUGUGUCCGCCACGUGCAAAUCUACGAUAGGUUUCCCGCACUUCGAAAUGGAAUCUUGCCAAACACUCUCCAACUGGCGUUGGAAGGAAUUGGAGGCCGGAGGAUGCUCUGUCCGGGCUGUUAUGGACACGCUAUGGUUCGAAGAGGUGAGAGAUGUGCUGUCGCAGCAGGCCUGAUUAGUACAGGGCUGCGUCAACCACGUUCUGCCAUUUUGGAGGAAAUUGUAUACAUUCGGGAGAUGAUCAGGUAUGUCCAUCAGUUGGAGCUGGGGUACAAUUUGUACAAUGAUCCCGUGCCUUAUGCGCAGACUCCGAUUGAGCCAGCGUCGGUGUUGUCUCCUACUUCCAGCGCGGUCUCAUCUCAACCGCAGUCAAGGUUAAGCAGAGCGACUGAGGUAUCGUCCAUGCCACAGUCCACACAAGCUGUGGAGGAGUCUCUGCGUUUGACUUCCACGUCGUCUCGAAGAACACCUGACAGAAGCGCGCACCCUAGCCGGCGGAGUACACAGGAACAGCUUGCGGGCGUAAGCACAAGCGCGACCGGGCGUACAGUAGGCGACGCUUCUCAGUCUGGAACCUCAGAACACACACCUGCGGAGCGAGCUAGCCAAGCAGCGAGACAGAGACAUAGGGAAAGACGGGAGGACCAUCAGUCUACUGAAGCUCAAGCCGGUCCCGGAAGCAAUACGAGGCAACCCACGUCGUCUACAUCUACAUUAGCUUCAGCUUCGACACAUCGUGCAAGGACGAGUACUUCAGGACAGCAGCAUGUGCCGCCAGCAGAAAGGACACCCUUUCGCUCCAAUCGAAGCACAUCAUCAAAUACCCAUCAACCAUCAGCACUCGCAAGCUCAAGCCAGCCUCCAGCUCCCACCACAAUCGAAGAACUCAUUCGUGCCCCAGCAGACCCUCCAACAACAAUGACUACCACCACCACCGCAACGACUGGCAAGAAAUCCCAUCAAAUUCACAACUUCAAUGGAACAUCCUACCCACAUGGACCCCCAUCCCCUCCGCUUGGCAACAAGAAUGGGCAAAUCUUCCCGAAUGGGAACCUAUUCCACGACACAUUGAAGAAGAGCAUCAUCAGCAGCAGAUGA